GCAGCAGAGCGCAGCCGAGCCGCAGCCUCUGCUCCGCAGCUGCAGGAGGGCUCUGUCCCCCAGCCUUUACCCGGCCCCCGUCCGCCCUGGCGAGCAAAGCCGAGGCGGGAGGCCUCCACCUCAUCGGCACCUCAGAUCCACCAAGGGAACUUGCCCAACUUUCUCCAUCUCUAGCACCGGAGUCACUACCAUGGCCCCCGCCAACUCCUCCCGCAACUUCUCCGCGGCAGAGGCUCGGAACGGCUCAGCAGUAGCAGAGAAGUCAGCACCCUACACCAAUGUGAUCAUGCCCAGUCUCUUCAGCAUCAUCUGUUUCCUGGGCGUUGUGGGGAACCUCAUCGUCAUUUACACUAUCGUCAAGAAGAAGAAGCUGAGAUGCAAGCAGACUGUGCCUGAUAUUUUCAUCUUCAACCUCUCCAUUGUGGAUCUCCUUUUCCUUCUGGGCAUGCCCUUCCUCAUCCACCAGCUCCUGGGCAAUGGCUCGUGGUACUUCGGAGCCCCACUCUGCACCAUCAUCACUGCCCUGGACACUAACAGCCAGAUCACCAGCACCAACAUCCUUACUGUGAUGACACUGGACCGUUACCUGGCAACUGUCUACCCUCUGAAAUCUACCUAUGUCCGGACCCCGUGCGUGGCAGCUUUAGUUAUCUGCUUGGUGUGGCUCCUCUCCUUCCUGACCAUCAUUCCUGUGUGGAUGUAUGCAGGCCUUAUGCCUCUGGACGAUGGCACUGUCCGCUGUGCUCUCCUGCUUCCCAACCCAGAGACUGAUAUCUACUGGUUCACCCUCUAUCAAUUCAUGCUGGCAUUUGCUGUGCCACUGAUUGUGAUUUGUGUGGUCUAUUUCAAGAUUCUCCAGCACAUGGCCACCACUGUGGUCCCAUUGCCCCAAAGGAGCCUCCAGGUACGUACAAAGAAAGUCACUCGCAUGGCAGUUGCCAUCUGCUCCGCCUUUUUCAUUUGCUGGGCUCCCUUCUACAUCCUCCAGCUGGUUCACCUUGGCAUUGACACACCAUCCAUGGCCUUCUUCUAUGCCUACAACUUUGCCAUUAGCUUGGGCUACGCCAACAGUUGCCUCAACCCCUUCCUCUACAUUGCCCUCAGUGAGACUUUCAAGCGCCAGUUCCUAGUGGCCAUCCGCCCCGCCAAAGAGCCAGGUCGCAACAGCAGCUCUGUCCACAACAACAGCAUGACAGAGGCCAGCGUGUGUCUGAAACUGGCACCAGAAUCCACCCAGCAGACUCAGUUUCUGGAGGACUUCUCCCCACGUUCAGCACCUGUGACGGUGGCUGUUCACUAGGGCACUCUGAAGUGAUCACAGCAGAAAGCCUUCAGACCUACAAGCUGCUGGAGAAGCAGCAGCUCCAGGCAGUUCUUGGCAAAGCACAUGAGCUACCAGCUCCCACCUCCAAGAGUCCAGGGGCUGCCUUUUGCACUGCAGGACUCUGCUCCUACAGUGCCCUUGGCCAAGGAGAUGCUGUGUUCUGCUGCUUCUUUCCACUGCUGCACAGAAAGACUCUGUUGCACAAGAUACCCGGGUACCCAUAGAGUGAGGAUGGAAGAAAGGACAGAAAGGGGAUUUCAGAGGAGAAUGUUCUCACUGUAAGAGCAAAACGUCUACCAACAUCACUGCCCAAUGAUUGCUGACCUCUUGGUGUGGCCAAGAUUCCUUGGCAGCAUGUCAGUACAGAGCUGCUUUGUUCAAAUCUUGACCCUUUGAAACACAAGGUCACUGACCUGCAGACUUGGAUGGCUGUGCUCCUAUUCUAGAAGCAAACAAGCAGAGACACCUUGAGGCCAGAAGUCUCUGUCACUUGGCCUUUUGGUCUAGCCCUGUCCGCCUCCAGUGGGCUGGAUCGUUUGGCAGCCAAAACACUCUCAAGAGCUGGCUCCAUUUUGAUGCUAACCCUAAAGACUUCGAGCAAAAUCAGGCAUGUAACAACUGCAGUGCUUCAAGGGACUGCAAACAACUCUCAAAACCCCUGCUGCUGACAACAGCUUUGUGGCUUUUCACGCCAAGGAGUAGCUUUUCCCACCACUGGUUCCUCAGGCUGCUCUUGUGCCUCGCAGGCUGCGGAGCCAUCGGGGAGCCCCGGGCAGAGGGUUUUAAACACGACUGGAAAAGCACAUUGUGCAGAGAUCGGCGGAGUGAGAAGCUGUAAAAAGGCAGCUCAGAGAAAGCAGAGUUGCUUAUGCAGCUUCCUCAAAAUAACAAAUGCUUUACAGAGUGAAAAGAGGGAAAAUUAAAUGUCUGCGGUUUGCAUAUGAGGCUUUAACAGUCGGAGGUUAGGAAACAGCUUUGCUGGUGACAAAGACGAGAGAAAAGACAGCCCAGAUCAGCUAAACGUGGGGAUUACACUGACUGCCUGUGCUGGGCUCCCAGGGGACUGGGAAGGCUUUGUUCCCACUUUGUCAAACACGGAGGAAGUGGUUACUGUAGAUGAAUUAUAUAUAAAGAUGAAUUAAAACCAUCA